UUUCUUCUCACGAAGGAUAAACAACUGCGUGUGAUGAGGGCAACAUUUCGAAGCUCGCGUUCUGUUCCAUUUGUGUCAAAGACGCUUGGCAUAUCAUUUCCCGCCGUGAUGGUGUCGGCUUUUCUCUCUCAACACGACUCCAACCUCGUGCCGAUCAAACGUGCGAGGAUGACACACAUUGGCUGCAAGGCAUCUGUGUUCUCAUUUAAUCGCCUCGCCGGUGCGGACCCUAUUCUUGGGGUGGAGAUGGCGUCCACGGGCGAGAUUGGCGUUUUUGGGCGCGACAAGAAGGAGGUGUUCCUCAAAGCGAUGCUCUGCCAGAACUUCCGGUAUCCACAGCGUGGUGUAUUUAUCAGCUGCGAUGUAGACGCAAUGGCAGAGGACCUCUGCCCCUACUUUGAGUGCAUCGCGCAUCGAUUUCCCGUCUUUACCUCGAAGCAGACCUCACGCGUGCUGGCGGAUUAUGGCAUUCCACACACCGUUCUGACGCAGCGUCAUGAGGACAGCGAGCCAACGUUUGAUACGGCGGUCGCUGUAAAGGAAAAGUUUGAUCUUGUCAUUCAGCUUCGUGAUAAGCGUCAGGACUUUAUGCUUCGGCGUUGCACGCAGGAGAAUGCCACGCCCGACUAUUGGAUUCGGCGACUUGCGGUGGAUUACAAUCACUCCCUGCUUACGGAGCCCAAUGUGGUGCGCAUGUUCUGUGAGACUCUUGAUAUGGAUGUGAAAGAGAUUGAGAUUGAACCAUUUCGCCACUACGUUCCACGAGUCUAUAACAAAAUGGAGAAUGACAAUUACACCAUGUUGCACCGCCACAAGGUCGGUCUGUGUAUCACCUCCACGAAUGACAGUAAAGUGCUUGCGAUAAGUCUGAGGGAGGAGAAAAUUGCACUGACAUGUUUUCACGCAUGCCUUGGUGGCAUAAAAAACAACAGUGAGGAGAUUGCCGAACAAUUCCGCUCGAUUGGAGUACCAGUAGAGCUCAUCGACCUCCGCACUGAGAUGGCAGAGCUUGGGUUUGACAUGGUGAUGGCUAUGGUUGACGAUGACACGAACAACUGGCAUCUGCAGAAGCUAAGCUUGCAUGUUAUGGGCUUGUAUUUGCUUAAAGCCAUGCGGAUGCGCCAUAUGACGGUUGUGGCACAAAGUUCUUCUCGGGGAAAGAAGGAUCUGAACUUUGAGCGAUAUGUUCGCACUUUUUUCCCACAAAUGGGCGUCUACAACCCAUGGCGUGAUCCAAGUCUACUGGACCAGUUCCCCAGCGAGGCCCACAAGAUUGCCUUUUUGCGCAUGCACGGGGUGGAGGCCAGAAUCGCUCAAGCUGAGUCACACAGCAGUGUGUGCGGCAUCACGUAUAGUUUUUCAGAUACGCGUAGCAUGCCAACGCCGCAGAUGGUGCGCCCAUUGCGGGAUUGCCUCUCUGUGCCGGAGUUUUGUUCUCUCACCUUUCGCAGUGCUCGAUGCACCAAUAUCAACAGAAAAGAGGUGACUCCGCUGCAGGCACUUCAAAUGGCGAAUGAGAUUGCUGGCCGCAAUGGAAUUGGAUUGGUGCGUACGCGCGAAGGGGUUAUGUACGAGACGCCUGGGAUGACGAUGCUUUCAAAGGCUCUUCGCUUCUUGUACGAUGUCUGUUUUGACCGCGGCGCGGCAGACAUGUUCCGCUUGUACUCGGGCCACCUAGCAUCACAGCUGGCAACGCAGGGCCUGAUGGAGCGACAUACGCAGUCCGCGCUGGAGGCUAUUCGCUACCUUACAAGCGAAGUGGACGGUGUUGUAGAAGUUGAGCUGAAUCAGGGUGAAGUCAUUUUCUUGAAGGUGUCACACGUGAGAAAGCCAGCGAAGAAGCGUGUGGCGAAGCUUAUGACGGAGGAGGAGCUGGAAGAUGUAUUCCAACCCGGCAAUGGCUCUUUCAGCGACGUUCAGUGGUGA